AUGCAGAAAACCGGCUUUGUACUUUCUAUGCUUUACAGCAUCUGUCAAGCGCAGUCCAAUCUCAACUUGAGCUCGCUGCCAGAACCGGACAUCACCAACACGCUCAUGAAUAUAACCUUCUCAGACCCGACCAUCAAUGACUGUGGCAGGUGGCCGGCAGCAGCGGCCAACUCCUCAGCCACUGUGGUCAUUCGAUCAGUGCCAAGCUAUCAAUUUGUCUGCGUGGAUCUUGACUAUAUCUUCACUCAUCCAAACGAGACAUUUGUGCCCGGCCAAAGUUCCACGAACGCGAGUGACGAGCGGGACGGCGUGAGGUAUUCACUCUCAAGCCCGGACGGCAACACCAAUGUUGGCUGGUCACCAGGACGCUUCAAUUACAGUCAAGUGUUCUACACCCAGCAGCAUCUGUACGAUGAUGAAGCCCAGGAUGAUUCGUUAGUCGGCCGCCUCAUGCUUCGCGCCUACGACGAGCCUGGAUGCGCCGGCAACAGCGCUGCUAACAACUUGAUGAAUGACAACUGGUACUCUUGGGAUUGCACAGGUGAAGCGGGCGUAUGCAGUAAUCUGUCCUUCAGCGUCAGGAGCAUACUUUUGACCGGCCCAGAAAUCGGCAAGACUGCGGGAGAAUCUGGUUGCAUGAACGCGGCGAAGCUCAGUGCGGCUUCGGGCGGCACGAAGACUUCAAGGCUGGUUCCUGUGUUGGUGGUGUGCGUUGUCCUCGGCCUCCCGUACUGA